AUGCCGUCAACCUCCUUGAGCUCCCCAUCCCCGACACAGCGCUUACUUGGCUCUGCGCAGCUGAUACACCAGGGCGCGGAAGCAAAAGUCUACAAGGCGUAUCUCAGGGAUCCCGAGUUGCGACAGAACACGAAGCACGCCGAUCAUGACACUUGUUCGAUGGCAGAGGAUGCGGCUCCAGUAUUACUCAAAUAUCGGUUCAAUAAGCGCUAUCGACACCCGUCCCUCGAUGCGUCGCUCACUCGACAACGAGUAGCUGGAGAAGCCCGCGCGUUGAUGCGAUGCCUACGAUCUGGUGUGAACGUGCCCGGAAUCAGAAUGGUCGAUGCGGCCGAGGGUGUGUUGGGCCUGGAGUGGGUCGAUGGUAAAUCAGUGCGAGUCUUACUUCCGGGAGGGUCAGAGGUUAUGGAGGCCCAGGAUUCCGAUACAACUGAUGGCGUUGGCCGUGAUCGUUGUGAAGAUGCUGCGCUUGCAGAAUUCGGUGUCGAGCGAGACGAUCUGUUGAGUAUGAUCGGCGUCGAAAUAGCAAAGAUGCACAUCGCGGACAUCAUUCAUGGCGACCUGACCACUUCGAAUAUGAUGCUCCGCAGGGGGGAGAAGGACCUGGUACUGAUCGACUUUGGGCUCGCUUACCAUUCUUCGCUGGUGGAGGACAAAGCGGUAGACCUCUAUGUACUCGAACGCGCUUUCGCAUCAACGCAUCCAGACGCGGAGCCGCUCUUCAACUCAGUUCUCGCUUCAUACGAGACACAUCUCGGAAAGCACUGGUCCGCAAUCAAGAAACGGUUGGAUGACGUUCGCCUCAGAGGUAGAAAACGCAGUAUGGUAGGUUAA